UUAGAGAGAGAAAGAGAGGAACAGAGGAGAGUAAAGACUCGAAUAGAUAGCAAGAUGGUGAGGGCUCCUUGCUGCGAGAAGGUGGGUCUGAAGAAGGGGCCAUGGACUUCAGAAGAAGACCAGAUACUGAUUGCUUAUAUUCAGAGAUAUGGCCAUGCAAACUGGCGUGCCCUACCGAAACAAGCCGGUUUGUUCAGAUGUGGGAAGAGUUGUAGGCUUCGGUGGAUUAACUACCUAAGACCCAAUAUCAAACGAGGGAAUUUCACCAAGGAGGAAGAGGAAACCAUCAUCACCCUGCACGAGAUGCUUGGGAACAGAUGGUCUGCAAUUGCUGCGAGAUUGCCAGGGCGAACGGACAACGAGAUCAAGAAUGUGUGGCACACACACUUGAAGAAGAGAGUGAAGCCGAACCUGGCGGCCCAAAAACCCAAGGGAAAAACCCAGUCUGAUGCCACCACAGAGAAUGCAUCCAAACAUCCAAGACUUCUGCCGGUAUCCCGAGAACAAUCCUAUAGUGAUCUCUCAUGCACUGCUACCGAUUCAUCUACACUAUCGAGAGGGAAUACCAACAAUAUGGCUGCCAAAGAAGUGAGCUUCUCUUCAGAAGAAUUCCCAGAAAUUAUGGAUGAGAGUUUCUGGUCAGAGGUGUUAUCAAUGGAGAACUCUGCUGCACCGGUGGAUUUCACAGCAUUACAAGGUCCACCAUCUGGUCCUUCAGGCGAGCACUUCAGCUCUUUUGGGGCUUCCAACAACGAUGACAUGGACUUUUGGCUCAGGGUAUUCAUCGAAGCGGGUGAUUUGCAGGCUUUGCCAGAAGUUUAACAAAUGCAAGGGAGAUUCAAGAGAUUUUACAUGAUUUUUUUUUAAUAGGAUAGAUAACAUUAACUUCAGUUUUUUUUUUUUUCCCUUUCAAUUUUAUCGUGGUGUUGAAAUGGAUUGCAGUGUAAAGAAAGAGAAGAGCAUCGCUGUUUGGAUUUUCCAACGAGCGAAAAUCUGUAAUUU